AAAAUGAGUCCACCAGCAUUGUUGAGUAAAGAACUGCCGGAUAUUGAGAAUCUUCUCAGUCUGAAUCCACGUGUCAAGACCAAAUGUUCUGUGGUGCCGACCACUGAGACCAAAGUCAACAAGAAACACUGGAAGCGUAAUCCAGAUCGUAGCUGUGCGGCUGGUCCCAAAUUGAAUAACAAUUUCGAAGAUAUCAAACACACCACACUCUCAGAGAGAGCCGCUCUCAAAGAGGCGGCCCGCUGUUUGAAAUGUGCCGACGCUCCCUGUCAAAAAUCCUGCCCUACCCAAUUGGACAUUAAGAGUUUCAUUACCAGCAUUGCCAAUAAAAAUUAUUAUGGCGCCGCCAAGGCUAUCUUCUCCGAUAACCCCUUGGGUUUGACCUGCGGUAUGGUAUGCCCCACCAGUGAUCUGUGUGUUGGCGGUUGUAAUCUACAGGCGUCCGAAGAGGGUCCCAUUAAUAUUGGCGGCUUACAGCAAUAUGCCACAGAUGUGUUUAAGCAAAUGGGUGUGCGUCAGAUUGUCCCACCGGGGAUUAAGCCACCAAAGCAGAUGAAUAAAAAAAUUGCCCUCUUGGGUGGUGGUCCGGCAUCGUUGUCAUGUGCCACCUUCUUGGGACGUUUGGGUUAUAAGGAUAUUACGAUCUAUGAGAGACGUUCCUAUUUGGGUGGUUUAAGUUCAUCGGAAAUUCCCCAGUAUCGCCUGCCCGUGGAUGUGGUGAAUUUCGAAAUUGAUUUGGUUCGUCAUUUGGGUGUGAAAUUUGUACUGAAUCGCAGUUUGUCGACGAAGGAUAUUACUGUGAAGGACCUCUUGGCCUCCGAUCAUGCCGUCUUCUUAGGUAUUGGCUUGCCAGAACCCAAAUUGAAUCCCGUUUUCAAGGGUCUCGAUGAAUCGAUGGGUUUCUAUACCUCCAAGAGCUUCUUGCCCAAGGUUGCCGAUGGCUCCAAACCUGGUCUAUGUGCCUGCAAAGCUUCGCAAGCUCUGCCACAACUCCAUGGCAAUGUAAUCGUCUUGGGUGCUGGUGAUACAGCCUUCGAUUGUGCCACUUCCGCUUUGCGUUGUGGUGCCAAACGUGUUUUUGUCGUAUUCCGUAAGGGUACAUCCGGCAUUCGUGCCGUACCCGAAGAGGUGGAAUUGGCCCGUGAAGAGAAAUGUGAGUUCAUGCCCUAUUUGUCACCACGCAAGGUAUUGGUCAAGGAUAACAAAAUUACCGGUAUGGAGUUCUGCCGCACAGAACAAAAUGAAAAUGAUGAAUGGGUAGAGGAUGAGGAGCAGAUUACCAAAUUGAAGGCCAACUUUGUUAUCUCCGCCUUUGGUUCGGGUCUUUAUGACACGGAGGUAAUUGAAGCCAUGGCUCCCGUGGAAUUGGACAAAUGGUCUAUGCCUAAGCUGAAUAUGAAGACAUUGCAAACAUCGGUGCCACAGGUGUUCUGUGGUGGUGAUUUGGCUGGUGCUGCAGAUACCACCGUGGAAUCGGUUAAUGAUGGUAAAAUUGCCGCCUGGAGCAUGCAUUGCUAUUUGGAGGGUCUGCCCAUGGACACCCCCGCCGAUUUGCCUUUGUUCUAUACGGAAAUUGAUAAUGUCGAUUUGUCGGUGGAAAUGUGCGGUAUUAAAUUUGAAAAUCCGUUCGGUUUGGCUUCAGCACCUCCCACCACAAGUGCCGCCAUGAUUCGUCGGGCCUUUGAGCAAGGAUGGGGUUUUGUGGUUACCAAAACCUUUGGUUUGGAUAAGGAUUUGGUUACCAAUGUUUCGCCACGUAUUGUCCGAGGUACUACGGCUGGGUAUAAUUAUGGUCCCCAACAGGGUGCCUUCUUGAAUAUUGAAUUGAUUUCGGAAAAGAAAUGUGAAUAUUGGUUCCGAGCCAUUGCUGAGCUGAAGCGGGAUUUCCCCACUAAAAUUGUGAUUGCUAGCAUUAUGUGCCAAUACAAUGAAGCGGAUUGGACGGAAUUGGCCACUAAAGCAGAGGCAUGUGGUGCCGAUGCCUUGGAAUUGAAUUUAUCCUGUCCCCAUGGUAUGGGUGAAUCUGGUAUGGGUUUGGCUUGCGGUCAGGAUCCUGUAUUGGUUGAGAAUAUUGCCAAAUGGGUACGCAAGGCAGUGAAGAUCCCCUUCUUUGUGAAAUUGACUCCCAACAUUACGGAUAUUGUGGCCAUUGCUAUGGCUGCGAAGCGGGGUAAUGCUGAUGGUGUAUCGGCUAUAAAUACCGUCCAGGGUUUGAUGAGUUUGAAGGCAGAUGCCACCCCAUGGCCUGCAGUGGGUGCUGAGAAGAAAACCACCUAUGGUGGUGUGUCGGGUAAUGCCACCCGGCCUAUGGCUUUGAGAGCUAUAUCGGCAAUUGCCAAUAAGCUGCCUGGUUUUCCAAUUUUGGGUAUUGGUGGUAUUGAUUCGGGAGAGGUUGCCUUGCAGUUCCUGCAUGCCGGUGCCACUGUCCUGCAAGUUUGUUCGUCGGUGCAAAAUCAAGAUUUCACUUUGAUUGAGGAUUAUUGUACGAGCUUGAAGGCUUUGUUGUAUUUGAAGGCCCAUCCACCACCACACAAUGCUCCAUUCUGGGAUGGUCAAUCACCACCAACACCCAAACAUCAAAAGGGUAAACCGGUGUUGCAUUUGACCGGGGAGGGUAAUAAGACCUUGGGCUUCUUUGGUCCUUAUCUCAAGGAACGUGAAGAGAAAAUGGCCAAAUUGCGUGAGGAAAAGGGGCCCAUCUGGAAAAUCUCGGGAGAUGAUGAUGAGGAGGAGGUUAGCAGUAAUGGCCAAAAUGGUGCAACAACAAAUGGUUCAACUCAAGUUCCCAAGGUCAAGGAUAUUAUUGGCAAGGCUCUGCCGCACAUUGGCACCUACAAGAGUUUGGAUAAUAAACUGCAGAAGGUGGCCCUGAUCGAUGAUGACCUCUGCAUCAAUUGCGGCAAAUGUUAUAUGACUUGUGCCGAUUCGGGUUAUCAGGCCAUUGAAUUUGAUCCCAAAACCCAUAUACCUCACAUCACGGAUGAUUGUACCGGUUGUACGUUGUGUGUGUCCGUGUGUCCCAUUAUCGAUUGCAUUACCAUGGUACCAAAGAAAAUUCCCCAUGUUGUGAAACGUGGUCUGGGCGAAGAGAAGAAUUUCUUUACACAUGCUUUAAGUCCCAUGCAAUAAA